AUGAAACUAACCUCGCUCUCGUUACUCGCUUUUACGGCCCUUGGUGAAUCCUUAGCCGCUCCUGUCCUUAAUUCCAAUUCUUCGAUUGAACUUGAAACUUCUUUAGCGGAGCAAUUCGUUUCAUGGCCUGAACCAACCUUCCCAAAACUUUACCACACUUGCAACACUACUAACACAAGAAUGUUGAAUUCUGCUUUCAAAGACUCUGUUGAAGCUACUGCCGUUGCUAAGAGGAGGCUUCUUAAAUUUGGUGUCGAUGACGCCUACUACAAAAGGUGGUUCGGAGACGGAAGUAUCUUCAGCGUCAUGGGUGUUUUAGAUCAUUUGAUUGAAUCUUCUAAAGAAGGCGUUUUGUUUAGAUGUGAUGACAUCGAUGGCCUAUGUGCCGAGAAUCCUGACUACUACGCAGGUCAUCACCGUGAGUCUGCUCCUUCGGAGACUGUGAUCUGUGAUUAUUACUACAGGUCGAAGAGACCAUUGUCUACGGUUUGUUUUGAUGGUACUAUCACAGAUGUCGGCCCAACGCAUUACGCUGGUAUCGAUUUAUUACACCGUUACUUGCAUGUGCCAAGUAUGAACUUGGAUUUCGUCGGUGAAUUUGCUGAAGAUUUAGAAGAGAUUUUGGAGUAUGCAGAAAGUAACUCGACCUACGCUGUGAGAAAUGCGGAUAGCUACUUAUACUAUAUCGCUGAUGUUUACACCUCUUCAGUGGUCCCUGGUGGAUGUCUUGGUGACAUUUAA